AUGAGUACUACUUUGGAAGCUCCUACAUCCCCUGCCGAUAGUCGCCCGUCCUCUGAUGACAAGAAGCAGGCUCCUCCUGCGUUUCUUGACCUGGCGGAUUCGGCCGCCAGAUAUGGCAGUAAUAUACCUGACGUGACUGCUCGCACCAUGAAACGCAUGGAGCACGAACGGCAGCGCGCCUUGCAGCGCAGAAUGUUCGAGGAUCAGAUGCGUGCUCUUGAGCAGAAGCAGGCUCGCGAGCUCCUCACCAUUCCGCUGGACCCAAAUCAGCAUUUGGCCGUUUCGGCACCUACCACGCCUCCGCGCGUAAACGCUGUGCUUCAUGAGGAGUUAUCAGCCGGUUCUGGUUUGUCUCACCUGUCAAUGGACGCGGAAGUCCUGUCAAAGGCUGUCGGAUCUGCUGCGUCGGACAAGCGUAAGUCCGUCACGUACGCGCCAUCCGUCAACCACUCGCCGGAGAUACAGACGAACAACAUGGGUACCCAGAGCUUUGCCCGUCCCGGUGGUGCCAAGAGCAUGCCCGCCAGUCGGCGCACGUCGGCCAGUGAACACGACGAGGAGCUUGCAGGCCAUCUGCAGGGUCUUGCUUUGGCUGCAGAACGGGCGGACCGUGUCUCCACCUCAUCAGGCUUGAUCCCGCAGUCUAUUCUACGCUCUAGCAGCGGCCGCUAUGGAUCCUCCGACAACCAGCACUUUACCACUACGUUCAAUGCUGGUAUGAUGCUUGACGAGCAGCUGGACCAAGAGAUGCACAACGCAAUGCGCCACUUGCCAACUUCUGAUGAGGACAAGUAUCCGAAUGCUUACUCAAACAAGCUUUCCACGUCGUCAGCAGCGUUGGAUCUUGCCCCCCUCUCACAAACCCCUCCCCGCCCGUCCUUCGUCGGGCGUGCUCUGGAGACACGGGAAAAGCCAUCCGAGUGGCCCCAAUUCAACGGUAAUAGCCGUGUUGAUGGAUUGAACUCGCGCACUGAGCGACGCACCGUCACAAACCCUGCCAUGAGCCUGUCUGCAGGCUUGGGUGAUCUUUCUGCUAGUACUGGUUCUGUUUCCGGCUCUCCCCUAUUGCAGCAGGUGCAAGGGCUCGCACAAGGCCUUUCAGCUUCGCGCAGAGGGUCACCGCUAGGCAUAGCUGAUGCAUUGUCUAUCACCACGGCGCGAUCGGUACCUGCUACGCCUCUCCCUGGAAUACCAAAUUCUGCUUCGCACCUAGCCAAGGCACCGGGCACUCCGCUCUCUGGUGACGCGCAAGGUCUGAACGGCAUGCUGAGUGCCUCACGCUUGGGCGACGAGAGCGAACUGAACCCUUCUCUGUCGAGGAUGUCUGCGAGCCAGUAUGACGGCAGUCCUAUCACAUUCAACUCGAUACAGUCGGGCUUGGAAGACCAGCAGUAUGGCGUGGACGCCGUUUAUGGCCUGAAUGGUGGUCUGGACAGUGGCAGGUAUGAAUCAUACGGCUUCGAGGCCAACGGUCGCAUCAAUAAUGUCAACGCCGGCACCGGAUCGACUGCGUUGUACAACCAUCAUGGUUCGAGGUACGGGUUGGCCAUCAACGGCAGGCCCGCCGGAGCGGAUAGCAAGAUGAAUGGGUUGCACGGUCCGAAACAUAAACGUGGUGAUAUGGACAGAGAGUUCAACAGGUUCGCGGGUACACGUUUAGAGGAUCUGGUUGGUGAGAUUCCCACGCUCUGCAAGGACCAGCAUGGUUGCCGUUAUCUCCAGAAGAAAUUGGAGGAGGGUAUUCCGGAGCACCGUGACAUGAUCUUUAGGGAGACUUUUGGUCACUUUGCGGAUCUCAUGACGGAUCCAUUCGGCAACUACCUCUGCCAGAAACUCCUGGAAUACUCCACGGACGACCAGCGUAAUGUGAUAUGCGAGUCGGUCGCGCAAGAUCUGGUCAACAUCUCUCUCAACAUGCAUGGUACCCGCGCAGUUCAGAAGAUGAUUGACUUCCUGUCCACGCGCAGACAGGCUGACCUCAAAUACGAUGCUCAGAUCCAUUCCAUCAUCGUUGCUCUGAGCCUUCAUGUUGUAGUGCUUAUCAAGGACCUCAACGGGAAUCACGUCAUCCAGAAGUGCCUCAACAAGUUGGCACCAGAGGAUAACCAGUUUAUCUAUAAUGCCGUGGCCGCCAACUGUGUUGAAGUAGCCACGCAUCGUCACGGAUGCUGUGUCCUACAGCGCUGCGUGGAUCACGCCUCGGAUCAACAGCGUAUCCAGCUGGUCAACGAGAUCACGUUCAACGCACUCACGCUCGUCCAGGACCCAUAUGGCAACUACGUUGUGCAGUACAUCCUUGAUCUCAAUGACAACAGAUUCAGCGACGCUGUCAUUCGGCAGUUCACUGGUAACGUCUGUGCUCUGUCUGUGCAGAAGUUCAGCUCCAACGUGAUCGAAAAGUGCAUCCGGGUUGCAGAACAUUCGACUCGCAAGAUGUUGAUUGGGGAGCUCCUGAACCGCACGCGUUUGGAAAAGUUGCUGCGGGACUCUUACGGCAACUAUUGUGUGCAGACUGCUCUGGAUUACGCAGAGCCAGGUCAGCGAGCGCUCUUGGUUGAGGGGAUUCGCCCCGUCCUCCCACUCAUCCGCAACACUCCGUACGGCAAGCGCAUUCAAAACAAGUUGCAGCGAGAACAUAUGGACGGUUACAGUGCUGGAUUCCACCACAAUCAACAGAUUGUUACUAUGGCCAUCGGCAAUCAGGGCAUGGGUAUGGGUCCUACUCAUGGCUCUAGUCGCCAUAUGUCCCAUCAGUUGCACCAGGCCGCUGCUCUCGCUGAUGCAUACACGAAUCCUAACGGCAUGUACGGCGGGCAAAAUUCUCUUACACAGAACCAACUGCAUGGAGCGUCGAUUCUACAACACCCGAUUGACGGCUAUGUGAUGCAAGGAUCUUCGAAUCACAGUCCGGGAUUGACUCCGCCUCAUAGUCAUGCGGGCUCGUUCUCUGGUGUUUCUGCGUACGCGGGUGUGAACUCUUUCCCUGCAAUCGGCAUCACGGACCCCUACCAGAGGUCGUUCGCCUACGGGAUGUAA